AUGCCCAAGGUCGUCUCGAGAUCAGCUGUCUCCUCGUCUACGGACGCACAACCGACAGCUAGCUCGGCAGCUGCCCUGCGUGUUUACUACUGUAUAUGUGGGGAGUUCAUUCUUGUCAUUGACAAGAGCCUGGCCUCUCUCCCGCGGCGGAAGACGGACAACGCCAUUAUCAUUCGAUCGCAGGACGAAGGUGACACUAAAGCCAGGGUCUUCAAGCUGAAUGCAGUGGCAGAGGACCCCAUUCUCCUCGAGAGGUCGGGCGGGCACGAAAAGCAGUAUCGCUUCCGCUGCCCUCGCUGCUCCCUGAAGGUCGGUUAUCAGUCUUCGCCUCCUCCGGUCAAGGCUGCACCGUUUUUGUACAUCCUUUCUGGUGCUCUCACGCAGAUGCAAGGACAAGUUCCAACAGACGCGUUCGAUGGACCGACAGGCGGGGUUGCUUCGAACACUCCUCAGGUCCUCGCGUCUCCGCCAGACCGUGCCCUCCACUUCCCGCGUCUCUCCCCCACCUUAUCCCUCAUGGAGCUCCCAUCAGCACGCGAGCUGGAGCUCGAAGUCCUCCUGCGAGAGCGGGAUGCCCAACUCACAGAGCUCACUGACGAGCUCGCGCACCUCCGGCAGUACCUCGCGAAGCAGCCGGGGCCCUCGUCAUCGGGCGAGGCGGUGACGCUCCCCCCGCCCCUGCUCGCCGUGCUCUUGCCGCACAUCACGCAGGCGCAGAACGCCACGUCCGCCCUGGGCAUGGGCACAGGUGCAAGCGCGGGCGUGGGCUCGAGCACCGUCGCCGCGGGCAUCACGCAGCGCAUGCGCCAGCUCCAGCAGGAGAACGACGAGAUGUAUGCGCUGCUUACGCAGAGCGAGACGGGGAAGCUCAAGGACGAGGCCCGCUCGCUCCGCCGCGCAGUCGCGAAGCUCGAAGGUGCUCUAAACGAGUCGCACAAGGCGAUCGUGUCGCUAUCGACGGAGCUUGACAAGGCACACGAGACGAUAAUGAGCACGUCCCGCCACGCACCCUCCGUCAAAGCCCACUCGCGUUCCCCGCGGAACUCGUACCACCCACAACUACCACCAGCAUACCUGGACGGCACGGGCAACGGCGUCAACACCAACGCAAACUCAAACUCCAACAGCAAUUCAUCAUCAUCAAAGCUGCCCCCAACGGGCCCUCGGGCCCACAAACGCCCCCGCCUCUCCGAACCGCAAGCCUCUCCACCCCCUCGCACCAUCUCCUCGCUGCCGCAGAAGCCGCAAACGCACUACCACAACAACCACAAUCACAGCGGGCACAACCACCCCCACUCUGGCGCCGCGUCCCGUGGAGGUGCCGAUGGGCGCGAGCACAGUACUAGUCGGCAACCGGUCGACAACCGCAGCAGUGGCGGCUCUGCGAACGCCCAUCCCAAGGGCAGCCAGAGCCAGAGCCAGAAGAUGGACGUGGACGACGACCGUGCGAGGGCUGCCUCACCCUUUCUUUCGCGCUCACAUUCACAAUCCCGGCCCCCACGCGACCGCGAGCGGGAUCGGACGCGGGACAGAGAGCGCGAGCGCGAACGGGAGCGGGAGAGGAACAACAAGGAACGAGAACAGCGUGAUCGGAGCAUCAAGGAGCGGGGAGGUGGGAGGGAGUGGGAUCGGGACGGGGGUUCUGGCGCAGGUGGUGGCGCUGGUAAGGGCGGGGCGUCGAAUGGUGGCUCGAGAAGGAAUGGGGGGCACUCUGGCGGUGGUGGCGGUGGAAGGGGUAGUGGUGGCGGAGGUGGAGGUGGAGGGAGGAGAGUUAACGAUCGCAGCAACGCCAGCUCAAACUCGACCUCGAAUGCCAACGCGAACCACCACGAAAACGCAAGUCGGACGUUACAAGAACGCUUGGGACCCAUGAGACCCGUAUGA